CCUUCCACUCCGGGUAUAUAAGGGUCAGUCCUGCACCUUCAGGAGAAGUGUCCCGCUGUCUGUUCCAGCUGUACUCCCUCUACUGUACACUCCUCUCCUCUACUGUCAUCAGACUGUUGAGCCCAGCCUGUGUGGACUGACUGAAGCAAUGAAUGCAGGCAUCUGUGUAUGUGUACUGCUGGCUGCGUUCUCUGGCAGCAGUUUGGGGCGCCCAUCGCACUCGCAGGAUGAGGACAAGCCUGAGCCCCCCCAGCUGGACAGCGUUAUGUCUCCCCAACACACACGCCACACCCGCUCAGCACCCUCCAGUGGCCAGCUCAUCCCCUUCUCCAAACCGGCAGAAGACGAGGCAGAGGACCCCCACACCAGCCUGCGCGAACUACUGGCAAGAUUGAUAUCCAGGAAAGGAUCAUUGCAGAGGAGCUCGUCCCUGAGCAGCAGAGCCAGCGGUCCGGGUCCCAGCCACAAGAUAAAGGACAGAGACUACCUGGGCUGGAUGGACUUCGGACGCCGCAGUGCAGAGGAGUACGAGGAGUACUCCUCAUAGAAACAGACGCACCACCACUAAAUCCAUCUCAAUUAUCAGAAAACUAAAAAAAUCAUUGUCCCCAAAAGCUUUAUUUAUGAUGUAUUUGAUGUAAAUGUGUUUGUAAAACUGAUAUGAAGCAAUAUAUAUACACAG